CUUCGUUCCCCCCAUCUACCUUUCUUUCAACUUCACUCUCUUUUGUCCCUCUCUCACUCUAUCCAUACCCCGUCGGGAAAUCACCCUUAGAGACACAGUCAUGUCCCCGCGAUCCCUCCGGGGCCAAUCGCCCAUGCAUUCCCCAGAUCGCAACCCAGCAGAAUCACCUCGGGGAGAUCACCGUCCACGAAGUGUCACACGAAGCCCAUCGCCUGGCCGCCAACGCCGCACCAAGAGCAGAAGUCGAUCUGUAUCGCGAGGCCGAUCUCCCUCGCGUUCUCGAAGUCCCGGUAGAGGUGGUAGACGUUACAGGAGUGCGAGUUACAGUCGCUCUCCCAGCCCAAAUCGGAGUCCUCCACAAAGCGCAAAGAUUGUGGUUGAGAAACUGACCAAGAAUGUCACGGAGAAACACCUUCGCGAAAUAUUCGGCAGCUUUGGAGAUAUCGAAUACCUCGACCUACCCAUGAACAGAUCCUUUAUGACCAACCGUGGCACCGCCUACAUCCUCUACUACGACCCCGCCGACGCAGAAGCUGCCAUUGCCCAUAUGCAUGAAGCUCAACUUGAUGGCGCUAUUCUGAACGUUUCAAUUGUACUUCCUCGCCGAAAAUUUUCACGAUCACCGCCACCAGUAUCUAACAGAGGAGGUGGUGGGCGCUCUCGCUUUGGCAAAAGGUCAUACGGAGAGUCACCUCCGAGGAGACAGGGACGUCAACGGGCAGGAGAAAGGCGCGACACAUAUCGACCCCAGUCUCUGUCACGGUCACGAUCCCCAGUGCGAUCGCGGUCUUAUUCUCGAUCUCGCUCGCCCCCUCGACGAGGUAGCCGUCGUCCCGAAAGUCCCCGACAGCGCCACCGGCGGAGCCCUAGUUACAGCAGCUAUGGUUACAGCAGUCGUAGUGACAAAAGUCGGAGUCCAGUGAGGAGUCGGAGCCGGAACCGGCACUAGUCCACGCGCUGGGCUACAAAUCUGGGCGAAUGAAUUCUCGGAACAACCUUUGAGCCUUGGUUCACAUCUCAGAAUCCUCGCGCAAACUAUUUGAUGACAAUCGUAAAAUGACCAAAAGCAAUUUCAAGAGACGCCCUUUGAG